AUGGGGUGGGGGCGGCGCGUGCGCUGCGUGGCGCUGCUGCUGGCGGCGGCCGCGUGGUGCGCCGCGGGGCCGGGCCCGCCCGCGCUGCGCUUCGCCCGCGCGCUCUACAACGUGAGCGUGGCGGAGAACUCGCCGCCGCGCACCUACGCCGAGCCGCCGCCCGGCGCCGAGGCGGCGGCCGUGCGGCUGCCGGCGGCCGGUGCGCACGUGCGCUUCCGCAUCCGCCACGGUGACCGCGACAAGUUCUUCAAGGCGGAGGAGCGGCUCGUCGGCGACCUCUGCUUCCUGCUCGUGCGCACGCGCGCCGGCCACGCGGACGUGCUGAACCGCGAGCGGCGCGACGCCUACCGGCUGGAAGUGCGCGCCACCGCGCAGCUGCCCGACGGCUCCCAGCUCGAGGCGGACACCGUGGUGGCCGUCGAGGUCACCGAUGAGAACGACCUCAGCCCGCUCUUCUACCCCACGGAGUACGAGGCGCUCGUGCCCGAGGACGCGCCGCUGCACGCGAGCAUCGCGCGCGUCACCGCCGAGGACGCCGACAUCGGCAUCAACGGGGAGAUCUACUACAGCCUCGCCGAACCCACCGACCGCUUCGCCGUGCACCCGACCAGCGGCGUGGUGACGGUGACGCACGCCCUCUCGGCGGCCGAGGGCCGCCACGAGCUCACCGUGCUGGCGCGCGACCGAGCGUCGCUCUUGUGGCGCGGCGAAGACGCACCGGCCGCGCGAGCCACCUUGGUGGUGCAUGUGGCGCGCGUCAACCUGCACGCGCCCGAACUCCGUGUGAGGCACCUCCCUGAGCUCAUUGAGAAUUCCUCGGCCGAGAUCUACGCCAUUGUGGAAGUUACAGAUCAAGAUUCUGGCGAGCACGGGCGCAUCGCGAGUCUUGAGAUCGUUGACGGCGACCCCGACGGCCACUUUCGCGUGCGCCCUUCUACGCAGGCUGGCGAGUACGACAUAGUGGUGCACGCCCUCCUCGAUCGCGAAACAGCUCCUCGCGGCUAUAACCUCACUUUGCGAGCUUCCGAUGCGGGACAUCCGCAACGCUCAUCUUAUCUCACCCUGCCAGUGACGCUCAUCGACGCCAACGAUAACGCCCCCGUCUUUAGCCGUGAAGUAUACGAAGCGAACGUUCCAGAAACUGCUCCACCGAACACGCCAGUCAUCAGGCUCAAAGUGAGCGACCGCGACGAAGGACGAAAUGCGCGCGUGUAUAUAGAGAUUGUCGGAGGCAAUGAGGGCGGUGAGUUUAUUGUUAAUCCUGACACAGGCGUGCUCUACACUGCAGUGCCGCUCGACGCUGAAGAAAAGUCUCUUUAUACACUCACAGUUUCAGCAAUCGAUCAAGGCAAUGCCGGGACCCGUAAACAAUCUUCGGCCAAAGUGAAAAUUGCUAUCGUUGACGCAAACGACAAUAAUCCCGUUUUUGACAAGGACGACAUGGAAGUGACGCUUUUGGAGAAUGGGCCCACGGGUGUCGUGGUCGCGCGUGUUUCGGCAAAAGACGCAGAUUCCGGAGAAAACUCUUACAUUUCAUAUAGCGUUGCCAAUUUACAACCAAUUCCGUUCGAAGUAGACCACUUUUCGGGUGCCGUGAGAACGACUCAUCUACUUGAUUAUGAAAGCAUGAGAAGAGAAUACGUUUUGAGAAUACGAGCAAGCGAUUGGGGUUUGCCUUACCGGCGUCAGGCCGAGAUGCGACUCACCGUUCGUCUUGAAGACGUCAACGACAACAGACCACAGUUCGAACGCGUGGAUUGCGUUGGCUAUUUGCCUCGACGCCUGGCGAUAGGGUACGAGAUAGUGACGCUUUCGGCGAUCGACUUUGACUCGGGCGAUGUUGUGUCGUACCGUGUGAUAGGCGGUAACGAAGAUAAUUGUUUCUCUCUCGAUUCUGGCACAGGAGUUCUGAGUCUCUCUUGUGACUUGGCCGACGUGCGCUCCGAGACUAGAGUACUGAACGUAACUGCGACGGACGGUACGCACUUCGCGGACCCCGCGACGCUCACUCUCCACUUGGUGGGCGGCGGCGGCGGCGGGGACACCAGCGCACUGGAGUGUCGAGAUACGGGUGUGGCGCGACGGCUCAUAGAACUGUUAGCGGCGGCAGAAAGAAGCAACGCGCCCAUAGACUUUGCCGAAGACUUUCCCCUGGCGCCGUCCAGAUACGGUGAAAAUCUACAUGUACCUGAAUUUGUCGACUUCCCCGUCGAGAUCAAAGUCAACGAAUCCGUGGCGCUGGGGACGUCGUUGGUGCGGCUGCGUGCUCGCGACCGAGAUCUCGGCUACAACGGCCUGCUCGUGUACGCGAUUUCCGGAGGGGACGCCGACUCCGCCUUCCGCAUAGACCCAGAUACAGGAGAGCUCAAAGUAAUCGGAUACUUGGACCGCGAAAGGGAAGACGAAUACUACUUAAACAUAACCGUAUACGACUUGGGAGUACCGCAGCGCUCCAGUUCGCGAUUGCUCCCCGUCACGGUGCUGGACGUGAACGAUAAUCCGCCAAAGUUCGAAAAGACCUUGGCCAGCUUCCGCGUGACCGAAAACGCUAUCAACGGGACCGCGAUAUUCCGGGCGAACGCGACCGAUCGCGACGCCGGCGAAUUCGCUCGCGUAACAUACAGCCUGAGCGGCGCCGGGGAGGGCGAGUUCUGCGUGGAGCGCGACACGGGCGUGCUGAUGGUGUGCGCCGCCCUGGACCGCGAGCGGCGCGCGCUCUACGAGCUGACGGUGCGCGCCACCGACGGGGGCGGGCUGCGCGCCGAGGCGCUCGUGCGCGUCGAGGUGGACGACGUGAACGACAACGCGCCGCGCUUCGCCCUGGCGGCGUACAGCGCGCGCGUGCGCGAGGACGUGCCGGUGGGCUCGCCCGUGGCCGUGGUCGAGGCCUUCGACCCCGACCUGGGCGCCGGCGGCCGGCUGGCCUACUCGCUGCCCGACCAGGCGCCCCACGACGCCGUCUUCACCGUCGACGCCACCUCGGGCACCGUUCGCACGGCCAAGACGCUCGACUACGAACAGAAACAGGUGUACGGCGUGACGGUGCGCGCCACGGACGGGGGCCGGCCGUCGCUGUGGGCCGAGGCCUCGCUGGUGGUGGAGGUGGGCGACGUGGACGAGAACCGGCACGCGCCCGUGUUCGCCGAGCGCGGCGCGCUGGCGCUGGCCGUGGCCGAGGACGCGCCCGUGGGCAGCCUCGUGGGCGUGCUAAGGGCGUCCGACGCAGACCCGCCCGGCCGCGACUCGCGCCUCGCCUACUACGCGCUCGACGGCUCCGGCAUGGCGCACUUCUCCGUCGACGACACCGGGACGGUGCGCACGCUGACGCCGCUGGACCGCGAGACCACGCCCCACUACUGGCUCACGGUGUGCGCGGAGGACCACGCCCUAGUGCCGCGGUUCUCCUGCAUCCAGGUGUACGUGGAGGUGGAGGACGUGAACGACAUGGCGCCGUGGCCGGAGCGCGCGGCGUACGCGGCGGCCGUGGCGGAGCACUGCGCGGCCAACACGCGCGUGGCGGUGGUGCGCGCGCACGACGCCGACGCGGCGCCGCGGCCGCCCGCGCUGCGCUACGCGCUCGUGGCCGGCAACCCCGACGGGCUGUUCGCCAUCGGCGAGCGGAGCGGCGAGAUCGUGACCACGGGCCGCGCGCUGGACCGCGAGGCGGCGCCCGCGCACGCGCUAGAGGUGUCCGUCACGGACGGCGAGCUGGCCUCGGCCGUGCGCGUGCGCGUCACGCUGCUCGACCUCAACGACCACGCGCCCGCCUUCACGCAGCGCUUCUACGACCUGCGCGUGCCGCUGCCGCCGCCGGAUGACGACGUGACGACUGAGGGCGCGGAGAGCAGUGCGGAGGGCGAGGGCGAGGCGGAGGGCGAGGCCGACAGCGAGGCCGAGGAGGAGGACGAGAGCCUCGGCUGGGACGAGUGGGACGAGCCCCGGCCCAGCGGCAUCUACGUCGCCACGGUGAUGGCCCUGGACAGCGACGAGGGCGCCAACGGCACGGUGCGCUACGCGGCGCGGGGGCGGGGCGCCGCCAGGGGCCUGCUACGCGUGCACGCGCGCUCCGGACGCAUCUACGCGUCGCGCUCUCUGCCGCUGCGCGGGCGCGCCUACGACCUGACCGUGCGCGCGUGCGACGGCGGGCGGCGGGCGCGGUGCGCGCUGGCGCGGGCGCGCGUGCGCGGCGCGGCGGCGGGCGGCGGCCGCGCGCCCUCUCUGGCCGCGCCGGCGCCGCUGCAGGCCGCCGAGCUGGACGCGCCCGGCUUCCUGCUGGCGCUGCUCGCGGCCAGCGACCCCGACGGCGACCAGCUCUACUACGACAUCGUUGACGGCGACCCCGAGCACGACUUCGUGGUGGGGCGCGAGGACGGCAGCCUGGUGGUGGCGCGCCGGCUGCUGUGGGAGCGCGCGCCGCACUACCGGCUCAACGUGUCCGCCAGCGACGGCCGGCGCACGGCCUACGCCGCGGUGAACAUAACGGUUAUCAACGAUUCGAACGAGGGCGGGGUGGAAUUCGAGCGCGAGGAGUACACUGUGGACGUCAGUGAGUCGGCGCGAGCGGGGGACUCGCUGCUGGUGCUGCGCGCGGCGGUGAGGGGCAAGGGGGGCGGCGGGGGAGAGGGGGGCGAGCCGCAGCGGCUGCUGUACGGGCUGCACGCGACCCGCGCGCCCGCCGACGCCUCGCUGUUCCGCCUGCACGAGCUCACCGGCGUGCUCGAGCUGGCGCGCCCACUGGACAGGUGGGGAGAGCGCGGCGCUGCACGAGCUGACGGUGUGGGCGCGCGACCAGGCGCCGCGCGCGUCGCGGGCGUUCGCGCGCGUCACGCUGCGCGUGCACGGCGCCGACGAGCACGCGCCCGCCUGGCCGCGCCGCCUCGUGGAGGCGCGGCUGGCGCGCGGCGCGGCGGCCGGCACGCGGGUGGCGCCGCUGCGCGCCUCCGACCGCGACGCGCCGCGCGCCGCGCCCGCUACUCGCUGGCGGCGGACGGCGGCGGCCUGUUCGCCGUGGACGCGCUGGGCGACGUGCGGCUGGCGCGCGCCUUGCCGCCGCAGGGCCCGCGCGACUACACGCUGCUGGUGCGCGCGCAGGGCCCGCCGCCGGCCGAGCGCGCCGCCACGCUGCCGCUGCACGUGGUGCUGGUGGAGGCGGACGGCGCGCCGCCGCGCUUCGCCCGCGAGCGGCUCGAGUGCGAGGUGUUCGAGAACGAGCCGGCGGGCACGGUGCUGGCCGCGCUCGAGGCGCGCAGCGGCUCGGCCGUCUGGUACUCGCUGAGCGGCGGGCAAGGCCUGUUCCGCCUCAACCCGGCCGCCGGCGUGCUCUCGCUGGCCGCGCCGCUCGACUUCGAGGCCUGCGCGCUCUACAACCUCACCGUCACCGCCGUCAACAUGGGCGGCGGCAGCAGCGAGGCCCACGUGUGGGUGCACGUGCUGGACCGCAACGAGUUCGCGCCGCAGCUGCGCGCGCGCUCCUUCUUGGGGCGCGCGUCGGAGGCGGCGGCGCCGGGCGCGCUCGUGCUGCGGCGCGCGGACGACGAGCCGCUCGUGCUGCUCGCCGACGACGCCGACUCGCCCGCCAACCGGCAGCGCGCCUUCGAGCUGCUGGAGCCCAGCGCCGCCGCGCUCUUCCGCGUCGACGCCACCACGGGCGCGCUCUCGCUCGCCGCGCCGCUCGACUACGAGCGGGCCACCUUCCACGAGUUCACGGUCAAGGUGGUCGACAUGGGCGAGCCCCGGCUGCCGUCCGACAGCGUGGCCACGGUGCGGGUGGAGGUGACGAACGUGAACGACUGCCCGCCGCAGUUCUCGCACGCCUCGUACGAGGCGACGGUGCUGCUGCCCACGGCGGCCGGGGUGCGCGUGCUGCGGCUGGAGGCCGCCGACGCCGACGGGGACGCGCUCGCCUUCGACGUGCUGGAGGACGAGUCGGACGGCGCCUUCGAGCUGUCGGCGGGCGGCGAGCUGCUCGUGAGCGAGCGCGGCGCCGGCGAGGCGCUGCGCCCCGAGCAGCGGCUGCGCGUGCGCGUCUCCGACGGCCGCUACUCGGCCACGGCGCGCGUGCUGGUGCGCGCCCGCCGCCCCGACAACGCCGGCCUCGCCUUCCACAAGACCGACUACUACGGCUCGGUGCUCGAGAACACCACCAAGCCCGCCACCGUGGCCGUGCUCAACGUGCUCGGCGCCGCGCUCAACGAGCACGUCGAGUUCUCCAUCCUCAACCCCACCGCGGGCUUCCGGAUCGGCGCCACGUCGGGCGCCGUGCGCAGCGGCGGCGUGGCGCUGGACCGCGAGCGGCGCGCCUCGUACACGCUGCUGGUGCGCGCCGCCGCGGGGCCGCGCGUGGCGCACGCUCGCCUGCACGUGGCCGUGAGCGACGUGAAUGACAACUGCCCCGAGUUCGCGGGGCAGCCCUACGCCGCCGCGCUGCCCGCCGGCUCGCCGCCCGGCGCGCACGUGCUGCGCGUGCACGCCAGCGACGCCGACGCCAACGACAACGGCGAGGUGCGCUACGAGAUGAAGCGCGGCAACGGGGAGCUGUUCCGCGUGGACCGGAAGACCGGACAGAUCACUCUGAAGCAGACCCUGGAGGCGCACAAUCAGCUCUACACUCUCGUCGUGGCCGCAUUCGACGGAGGCACGCCGGCGUGCGGCGCCGAGGCGGCGGUGUCGGUGCGCGCGUGGGGCGGCGGCGCGGCGCCGCUCUGGCCUCGUGCGCACUUCGCGCUCGAGGCGCGCGAGGACGCGCCGGCGGGGCGCGCGCUCGAGCCGCCGCUGGGCGCGCUCUCGCCGCUCGGCCGCCCGCUCAUCUACACGCUGCAGGAGGGCGCCGGCCUCUUCGAGGUGCACUUCGACUCGGCGCCCGACGGAGGGAACGGCCCAUGCGCGGUGGUGCCGCGCGGCGCGCUGGACUACGAGGCGGCGCGCGAGCACCGGCUGGUGGUGCGCGCCACGGACGGCGUGAGCGGCGCCUUCGCCGACGUGUUCGUCACCGUGCACGUGCUCGACGUCAACGACUGCGCGCCCGAGUUCGAGCGCGACGAGUUCCGCGCCGACGUGUCCGAGGCGGCGCCGCCGGGCGAGCUGGUGCUCACCGUGCGCGCCACCGACAGGGACUCCGGCGCGAACGGGAACGUGACGUACUCGCUGUCGCGCUGGGGCCCGGCGGGGUGGGGCGCGGGCGAGGCCGAGCCGCCGCCGUUCAGCGUGAGCGAGGCGGGCGAGGUGCGCGUGGCGGCGCCGCUCGACCGCGAGGCGCGCGCCCUCCACCACCUGCUGGUGACGGCCAGCGACGGCGGCCGGCCGCCGCGGCGCUCCAGCGCGCACCUGCUGCUGGCCGUGCGCGACGUGAACGACAACGCGCCGCGGCUCGAGCGCGCCGUGCUGACGGCGCUCGUGUCGGAGGAGGCGGCGCGCGGCACGGUGCUGGCGCGCGUGGCGGCCUGGGACCCCGACGCGGCCGACGCGGCGCGGCUGCGCUUCGCGCUCGAGGGCGGCGCCGAGCAGCGGCGCGCCUUCGCGCUCGACGCCGCCUCGGGGCUGCUCGUGCUGGCCGAGCCGCGCGCGCUGGCCGCCGCGCCGCGCCGCUCGCUCAACGUGUCGGUGUCGGACGGCGCGCGCGCCGCCUUCGCGCGCCUCAAGCUGGCGCUGGCGCCGGCCAACCGCCGCGCGCCGCACUUCCCCCACCUCGUGCACGAGGCGCGCGCGCCUGAGAACCAGCCGCCGCCGCUGCUGCUCACCACCGUGAAGGCGCACGACGAGGACUCGGGCGAGUUCGGCGCCGUGACGUACUCGAUCCCGUCGGCGCGGCUGCGCGACACGUUCGCCGUGGACGCGCGCAGCGGCGCCUUCACGGCGCGCGUGGCGCUGGACCGCGAGGCGCGCGCCGAGUGGCGCGUGUUUUUUCGGAUGAUGCUCAUACUAAUUACAAAGGGGUGCGCAGGCGUGAUAGCGGAGGACGAGGGCAGCCCUGGGGCGGCCGUGAUGGCCAUCACGCGCGUGCACGUGCUGGACGUCAACGAGCACGCGCCCUCCUUCCACUCGCAGCCCUACGUGGUGCACCUCGCCGAGAACACGCCGCCCAACUCGAACAUUAUUCAACUGAUGGCGGACGACCCGGACGCGGGCUCGAACGGCGAGGUGCGCUUCUCGCUGGGCGAGGCGGCGGAGGGGGAGGCGGGCGAGGCGGGCGAGGCGGAGGCGGGCGAGGGGCCGGCGUUCGCGGUGGAGGCGCACAGCGGCUGGGUGCGCACGCUGCGCGCUCUGGACCGCGAGGCGCGCGCAGAGUACCGCGUGCCGCUGCUGGCCACGGACGGCGGGACGCCGCGGCGCGCGGCGCGCGGCACGCUGGUGGUGCGCCUCGUGGACUACAACGACUGCCCGCCCGUGUUCGAGCGCGCGCAGUACGAGGCGGCCGUGCGCGAGGACGCGGCCGCGGGCACGGUGGCGGCGCGCCUGGCCGUGGCCGACGCCGACGCGGCGGGCGCGCCGCUCGCCUUCUUCGUGGCGGGCGGCGACGCGGCGGCGCGCUUCCAGCUGCGCGCCGCCGCCGACGCCGCCGAGCUGUACGUGGCGCGCGCGCUGGACCGCGAGGAGGUGCCGCGAUACGAGCUGACCGUGGCCGCCACCGACGGCAAGUUCACGGCCUUCGCGCGCGUGCUGCUCACCGUGCUGGACGUGAACGACAACCCGCCCUGCUGCACGCAGCACCGCGUGCGCGCGCGCCUCUCCGAACACGCUCCGCGCGGCGCGCACGUGGCCGCCAUCGCAGUGCGCGACGCCGACGAGCCGCACAACGCGCGCCUGCGCUUCUACCUCAGCGGCGAACACGCGCACCACUUCGCCGUCGACAAGGAAUCCGGUGUGAUUACGGUGGCCGAGGAGUUGGACCGUGAAUCCGUCGCCGAGUACACGUUGGUGGCACACGCCCAGGACCGCGACAGGCCCGAGUGGGAAUGCAGCACCGAACUGGAGGUGACACUCGACGACGUCAACGACAACGCGCCGCGCUUCUCCGCCGAAGUGUACAGCGUCACUCUGCCCGAGGACGCCGAUAUCGGAUCUCUCGUCGCCAAAGUGCACGCCACGGACGCGGACCUGGGGGAGAACAGACUCGUCCGGUACUCGUUCGUCGAGGAGGGCAACGAGGCCUUCGAGCUGGCGGCGGACAGCGGCAUCGUCACGCUGCGGGCGGCGCUGGACCGCGAGACGCAGGCCGAGCACCGGCUGCUGGUGCGCGCCUCGGACGCCGGCGCGCCGCCGCUCUCCGCCACCGCCACCGUGCGCCUCACCGUGGCCGACGUGAACGACAACCCGCCCGAGUUCGAGUUCAAGCAGUACCGCGCCUCGGCGCCCGAGCUGGACGCCGUCGGCACCGAGCUGCUGCGCGUGCGCGCCACCUCGCGGGACGCCGGCGUCAACGCGGACGUGUUCUACUCGCUGGUGGCCGGCGACGACCGCGAGGACUUCGCCGUGGACCGCGCCAGCGGCGCCCUCACCAUCGCGCGCCCGCUCGACUACGAGCGCCGCAGAGAGUACUUCCUGACGGUGCAGGCCAUCGACGGCGGCACGCCGCCGCUCAGCGAUCACGCGACCGUCAACGUCACCGUGCUGGACGGCAACGACAACGCGCCCGUGUUCGCGCAAAGCUCGUACGGCGCGCGCGUGCGCGAGGACGCGGCGCCCGGCACGCGCGUGCUGCAGCUCAUCGCCGACGACGCCGACGCCGGCGCCAACGGCCGCGUGACGUACGCCAUCGCGCGCGGCGACCGCGACGGCCGCUUCGCCGUGGACGCCGACACGGGCUACGUGUCGGUGGCGGCGCCGCUCGACCGCGAGGCCACGCCCGCCUACGUGCUGGAGCUGCGCGCCACGGACCGGGGCCAGCCGCCGCUCGAGGCCUCCGCCUUCCUCAACAUCGAGGUGCUCGACGCCAACGACAACGCGCCGCUCUUCGCCCACUCCAACUACUCCGCCGUCGUGCAGGAGGACAAGCCGCUCGGUCACACCAUCCUCAAGUUCGUCGUGGACGACGCCGACGCCCCUCCGAACGCCGCCCCCUUCACCUUCGACUUCCAGUCGGGCAACGAGAUGGGAGCGUUUCGCCUGGAGCAGGACGGGUACCUACGGUCGGCGACCAGAUUCAACCAUCGCAUCAAGGACCGAUACGUUUUGCAAGUGCGCGUUUUCGACAACGGCACCCCGCCCCUAUUCUCAGACGCCUGGGUCUACAUCAAAGUCAUCGAAGAAUCCCAUCACCCGCCGGUGGUCACUCCGCUAGAAAUAGUGAUCAACUCUUACCAGGACGAAUUCCCAGGCGGCGUGAUAGGCCGCGUUUUCGCGUCGGACCGAGACGCGUACGACACUCUGAGUUACGCACUGGCUCCCGUGGACGGGGCGCCGUACCCGUCGACCGACCUCUUCGAAAUCGACGCCGCCGUGGGCACGCUGCGGGCCGCGCCGCGCAUCGACGUGGGCGAGUACCGCCUCAACGUGACCGUCGACGACGGCAAGUUCCUCGGCUUCGCGGUCGUGCACGUGGCCGUGGUGCUGGUGACGGACGAGAUGCUCGCGCAGGCGAUCGUCGUCCGCUUCCGCGAGGUGACGGACCGCGACUUCGUGCUCAGCCACCGCAAGGGGUUCGUCCGCGCCGUGCACGAGGCCGUGCGCUGCCGCCAGGCGGACGUGGUGAUCGUCGGCGUGCAGCCGUCCGACGCCGACCUGGAGGGCGAGGCGGGCCGCGCGCGGCGCACCGCCCGCCAGGUGGCGCAGGACCUGGACGUGGCGUUCGCCGUGCGCUCGGCCGACGGCGAGGGCUUCCUGUCGGCCGACGCGCUGCGCCGCGGCCUGCACGCGCACCUGGAGCGCCUGGAGGAGAGCGCGCGCCUCGUGGUGGAGGAGCUGGUGCGCGCCGCGUGCCCGGGCUGCGUGCACGGCGCCUGCGCCGAGCGCGUGCAGCUGCUGGAAGGCGGCGUGCGCGCCGUGGCCACCGACGUGUUCGCGCUCGUGGCGGCGCCGCACCGGCUGCGCGCCGAGUGCGCCUGCGCGGCCGGCUUCGACGGCGCGCGCUGCGAGCGGCCCGCCGCCGCGUGCGCGCAGUGCGGCGCGGCGCGCUGCGAGCCGUGGCCCGCGCCACCCGGCUACCGCUGCUGCGCGCCGCCCGAGGCCGAGGGCGAGCAGUGCCGCGCGCCGGCGGCCGUGGCCUUCCUGCCGGGCGACGGCUACCUGGCCUACCGCGUCGACGGCGGCGUGCGCGACGGCGCGCGGCUGCUGGCCGACGAGCUGACGCUGUCGCUGCGUUUCCGCACGCGCCGCGAGCGGGGCGUGCUGGCGUUCGCGGCGGGGCGCGUGGACUACGCCGUGCUGGAGGUGGCCGAGGGGCGGCUGCGCUUCCGCAUGGAGCUGGGCGCGGGCGAGCUGGCCGUGAGCGCGGGCGGCGCCGUGGCGGACGGCGAGUGGCACGAGGCGCGCCUGGAGCGGCGCGGCGCCGCCGUGCGCCUCAGCGUGGACGGGCGCGGCGCGAGCGCGCAGGCGCCGCCCGCCAGCGCCGUGCUGGACGCGGCCGGCGACCGCCUGCUGGUGGGCGCGGCGCUGCUGCGGCACGCCUUCGCGCUGGCGCCCGAGCAGGUGACGUACGGGUUCCACGGCUGCAUCUCGGACCUGAAGAUCGGCAACAGCGCGCUGCCGCUGGAGGAGGGCGGCUCGUCGGCCGACGGGCGCGUGCAGCUGGCGCGGCGCGUGCGUGCGCGCGUGGCGCCCUCCUGUCCCGCGCUGCCGCCGCCCGCGCCCUGCGACUCCUACCCGUGCCUGCACGGCGGCUCGUGCCGGCCCCUGCCCGAGGGCGGCUUCGCCUGCGCCUGCCACGCGCGCUUCGCCGGCCGCCUCUGCGAGCGGGACACCGACCCGUGCGCCUCGCAGCCUUGCCUGCACGGCGGGCUCUGCUCGCCCGCGCCCGGAGGCGCCUUCCGCUGCGCCUGCGCCGCCGGCCUGACGGGCGCGCGCUGCGAGCGCGGCCGCUGGUGCGGCGCCGGCGCCUGCCAGCACGGCGGCGCCUGCGAGGAAGGCGAGCGCGGGCCCUCGUGCCGCUGCCACGGCUACUACGGGCCGCGCUGCGAGUACGACGUGGACGAGUGCGCCGGCGAGCCCUGCCUCAACGGCGCCACCUGCCGCAACGAGCCCGGCUCCUUCCGCUGCGUCUGCCCGCCCGACAAGACCGGCAUGAACUGCGGCAACCCGCUGUACUCGCACGCGGUGGUGGCGGGCGAGGCGGCGGGGCCGGAGCGCGCCGUGCGCCUGGCCUGGCGCUGGGCGCUGGAGGCGCGCUGGCCUCUGGGCGUGGCGGCGGCCGUGGCGCUGCUGCUGCUGCUGGCGUGCGGCGCGCCGCUGGCCGCCCGCCGGCGCGCCGCCCGCAGCCGCGCGCGCGCCGCCCUCUCCGCGCCGCUCAACAGCGCGCUGGAGAAGGCGCCGCCGCCGCGCGCCUCCAAGCUGUCCAACCUGGAGGCGGUGCGCCGCGAGCGGCCCGCCUCCUGCGCCGAGCCGCCGCCGCUCAACAACAUCGACACGCUGCGCAGCUACGGCUCGGCCGGCGACGAGCUCGAGGGCAUCCCGCCCGACUACUUGCGCAACCUCAACAUCGACGUCUCCGACCGCAAGCCCUGGUCCGAGCAGAUGCACCUGCAAACCUUCGUCGACAACAAAAUAUACAAUGACCUGAAAGGCUGCAAGCGGCAGCCGCGGCCGCCGCCCGAGCCGCACAUGCUGGGCGGCUACCACUGGGACUGCUCCGACUGGUGCGGCGGCGGCGGCGCGCUGCCCGGCAUCAGCGAGGUGGCGGGCUCCGAGCGGCCCGACUCCUCCUCGCCGCCCUCGGCCGCCGAGCCCUCGCCCCUCCCGAAGCGGCCGCGCGCCCCGCGCCGCGCGCGCCCCCCGCACCACUCGCCCGCCGCGCCCCUCGCGCCCCUCGCGCCCCCGACGCCCCUCGCGCCCCUCGCGCCCCUUACGCCCCCCACGCCCCUCGGCGACAGCGACUCCGCGCCCGACGACCUGGACGCGCUGCGCUUCACGGACGCGUCGUCGUACCUGCUGCACCCCGACGAGUACCUGCCGGUGGCGGGCGACGGCGGGGGGGAGGGGGACGGCGAGGGCGAAGAAGGCGAGGGGGAGGGGGAGGGGGCGCUGCGCGGACGCGGCCUGCGCGAGCCGGACGCCGCCAGCCUCAUCACCAUGCUGGCAGAGGAGCGGCACUCGCUGCUGGGCGGCGCGGACUCGUGCAGCGACAUCUCGGCGCACCUCUGCGAGAUCGAGGACUCGGAGGCGGAGGGCGAGCCGGGGGCGGGGCAGGGGCGGGGGGCGGAGCGGGGGCAGUGGGCGAAGGGCGCCCCGCGGCACACGGACGUG